UUUUUCUUUGUGCACGUAUUGUUUUUCCUCUAUUUCAGUCACUUAACUAAAUCGAAGUCUCGACGACGUGUCCAGCAUUAGCCACAUUACGGACUCAAACAUCAGUCUUCAAGUCUGGGCGCUCGUUGAAAUUUUGUCGUCUACUUUAUCCUAGUCGAGCUGGCCAACCGCUAACAAAACUCUGCAAGGCACGUCGUCAAGCGUUCAGAAAUCAAGUGGGGAAUAUGUUCGUGAGAACUAUGCCGGCUGCAGAAAAGUUCCAGGAGGAACUUUGUGGAGUAAAAGAGGAGCCUCCACGCCACGAAGACUCGACUAUGUGCAAAAUGAUGCACGCAAAGGUUCUUCGCAGACUCGAAGAUCGUCUUGAGCACCAGGAGUCUGCAUGCGUCAAGGGGGAGGAGGAAGAGUCUCCAUGCACCAAGGAGAAGGAAGAGUCGCCAUACAUCAAGGAGGAAGAGUCUGUUCACAUUAAAGGUUUCAGAACAAAUCUUGGUGCUGAGCCAGAAUCUUCUGGCAUAAAAGAGGAUGUUGAGCUCCCCCAAAUCAGAGAGGAGGAGAAGGAGGGAGAACAGCAACUUCCAAUCGAAAAGGAGGAUGACCAGCUGCCAUUUGGUAAAGAGGAGGAGCAUAUCAACAGGUUGACUGGUGAGCCCUUGAAGAGUGAAGAUGGUCUGAGUGAGGCCAGCAGAGGGGGGAGUCGCAGCAGCUCAACAGAAGGAUUGCAAGCAGAUAUUUACAUUCCUCCAUCAGACAGAGAUGGCGCCACGUCACACUCAACUUACAAGGAUGAUGGUCAUAAGACAUCUCGCGGUGACGACAAACUCUGCAAAUGCUCUCAGUGCGGGAAAACCUUUGCUACUAAGCAAAAUUGUCGUAUGCAUAUGAGGAUCCACACUGGUGAAAAACCUUUUUCCUGCUCCGUUUGUGCUAAAAGAUUUGCUUUCAAGCAAACCUUAAAAGGACACACAAGAACCCACACUGGCGAAAAACCUUUUUCCUGCUCAGUUUGUGGUCAAAGAUACGCUAAAAAGCAAACCUUACAAAGUCAUGCAAUAACCCACACUGGAAAAAAACCUUUUCCCUGCUCAGUUUGUGCUCAAACAUUUUCUCGGAACCAAUACUUGGAAGAACACCUAAGAGUCCACACCGGGGAAAAACCUUUUUCCUGCUCAGUUUGUGGUCAAGGAUUCAGUCGUUCAGAUACCUUUAAAAAACACGAAAGAACCCACACUGGCGAAAAACCUUUUUCCUGCUCGGUUUGUGAUCAAAGAUUUGCUAGGAAGGAACACUUAAAACAACACACAAGAACCCACACUGGCGAAAAACCUUUUUCCUGCUCAGUUUGUGAUCAAAGAUUUGCUUGCAAGAAAAACUUAAAACAACACACAAGAAUCCACACUGGCGAAAAACCUUUUUCCUGCUCAGUUUGUGAUCAAAGAUUUGCUUGCAAGAAAAACUUAAAACAACACACAAGAAUCCACACUGGCGAAAAACCUUUUUCCUGCUCAGUUUGUGGCAAAGGAUUCACUUCAAAGAGAGAUCUAACACUUCACACAAGAAUCCACACUGGAGAAAAACCUUUUUCCUGCUCAGUUUGUGAUCAAAGAUUUGCUUGCAAGAAAAAAUUAAUAGGACACACAAGAAUCCACACUGGAGAAAAACCUUUUUCCUGCUCCGUUUGUGCUAAAAGAUUUGCUUGCAAGCAAACCUUAAAAGGACACACAAGAACCCACACUGGCGAAAAACCUUUUUCCUGCUCCGUUUGUGGUCAGGGAUUCGCACGGAGAAAAACCUUACAGAGUCACGAAAGAAACCACACUGGUGAAAAACCUUUUUCCUGCUCCGUUUGUGGUCAAAGAUUCGCUCGGAAGGAACACUUAAACCAACACACGAGAACCCACACUGGCGAAAACCCUUUUUCCUGCUCAGUUUGUGGCAAAGGAUUAUCUUCAAAGAGAGAACUAACACUUCACACAAGAAUCCACACUGGAGAAAAACCUUUUUCCUGCUCCGUUUGUGGUCAGGGAUUCGCACGGAGAAAUACCUUACAAACUCACAAAAGAAACCACACUGGUGAAAAACCUUUUUCCUGCUCCGUUUGUGGUCAAAGAUUCGCUCGGAAGGAUUGUAUAAAGAGACACGUGUGUGUUGGUGUGGGAAGCAGUGGCAAAUGACUUAUUUUGCCUGUCAUCCAUCCUGGCUUCAUCAGAUCUUGCACACAGGACGAUUGUAUUCCGUUGAACUUUCUUAAAUCCUGUUGAGGAUUGGCACGUUUGGUUCCUUGCUCCGUCCAAUCGUUGUAUGAUGUGCAUCCACCCUAUUGCCAAAACCUCACCUGAUUGAACUCUCUCAAGUAGCAUUUUUUAUAUAAUACUCUCCCUCUAAAACUAUACUUUUCACAUUUAUUAUUUGAAACGGCAGACCCCAAAUUCCAAAAAUUCAAAAUCAUUCAUAAAUAAUGUCAUUAAAGAAAUAUGGAAAAUGAGGAUAUAUUGUUCAAUGUUGCAAAAUAAUAGUAAAAGAAAUAUUGGCUCACAUAUUAAUUUUUUGUGGUGGGAUUAAUGUUUAUUUCAUUUUUUAAAAUUACUAUUACAUUCCUACUCGUGAUUGACGGAGGCAUGUUACAACGGAGUAUGAGUGCCUAAUAAAGAAAAACGGUGUUGGGGAGAGAAAAAAAAAGUUUUGGUAUAUCAUUUUUUUUUUUUAAAUUAAUCUCGACUGUAAUACAUAAAACACACAAAAAUUUGUGUAUUUAACUUUUGAGACUAAAUUUACGUAGAAAAUGUUUUUGUUUGUUAAUAACAUGGUCACCACCUGACACCUUGCUUACUACAAGGGUAACGUUGAAUAAGGCGCUAUAGGAACGAAAAAGUUCACUGUUCAGAGGAAGCAUUACCAUGGCGCAAAAACGAUUUUUUAGUAUCCAAAAACUGUGAAAUUAUCUAAAAUUCAAUUGAAAGUCGAAAAUGAUGAGGAUUAUGAUGAUAGUUUUGUAAUAGUGCCCAGUGAGGAAAAGUUAGCUGCAGAUUUAGACUGUGGAGUCCAGAAAGGAAAUCUAUAUUUGAUGUCUUCAAAUAGGGAGGAUACAUUUUUUUUAAGCUAAAGUAUUAUUUGUUAUUGCUGUUGAGCUUCCGCUGUGUAGAGCGCUGUUGGUUAUCUGUGUGCAAUUUGGGGUGUUAAACCGAGUCUUAUUGGACUUUAGCUUUCAACUGUGUUCGUGUGUCAUUGCGCCGUCUAGCUGCUGGGAUUUGCAUUAUCAUACACUGGCACUUCUAUUUCCAAUACCAAAACUCCUAACACACACAGUUGUCGAAAUAGAACGUUGUCUUUGUAGGAGCCGAGUAUGUAAACUAUCCGGCAUUAUGGAGAUAGAAUAGUGCCAAAAGAAGUGAGGUUGUAAAAUGAAAAUUAUCCCUGUAAAAUGACCAAUUUUAACUAAAAAGCACUUGUAUUUCCAACAUGAAAAAAACUCGAAGGAAUAAAUUGUUCUACAGGUUGUUUUUUUCUGUUUGCAAGUAUUUUUUUUUUUUUGUUCUACAGGUG